GCCACGUCCGUGUACCCUCACUAAACUUUCAUUUCUUUCGUUUUUCCUUCUCUUCGUCAAACGAGUUCCUUCAACGCAUUCUCAUCGGUGUCCCGCAGACCUGACUGAAGAUCUUCACCCUGAGAAACACAAUCCCCUCCUCUUUAAACAGGAGUCGGAGAUGUUGUACAUCAAAGAGGAAGCAGAGCCAGCCGCUCCCUACAUUAAAGAAGAACAGGAAAAUGAAAUCAUUGCAGUGACCGUCGGUGUGAAGAGCGAAGAUGAUCAAGGUCUAAGCGAAGAGAGCAGAGCAGCGAUACCUUUGGGCGACAGCUCAUUUCAGCACUUGUUGUCAAAAGAAGAGGGACGAUCGCGUCCAAACAGCCUCUCAGCUCUGCUUUCGGACAGCGACGACGUAACGUCCCACUCUUCUGACACUGAUACGAGUGAGGAGGUUGUUGACUUUGACCAAAAUGCUUUGAAAUCCUUAAACAGGUCAUCAUUGAAAAGAAGUGCAAAAGAAUGUGCGGGUGGGAAACCGUUUGCCUGUACACUUUGUGACAAGGGAUUUUCUCAGAAGUUUCAUUUAGAAGUGCAUAAACGUACACACACUGGAGAAAAGCCUUUUGUCUGCAAUUGUUGUGGUAAAAGAUUCAACGAGAAGAAAAAUUUAAAGAGACACGCAAUAACACAUUCUGAAGAGAAGCCUUUCACCUGCUCACUUUGCGAUAAAAGAUUUUCUGAGAAGACACUGUUAGAAAGUCACACCCGUAAACACACUGGAGAAAAGCCUUUUGCCUGCACAUGUUGUGGUAAAAGAUUCACCGUGAAGAGAUAUUUAAACAGACAUGCAAGAACACAUACUGGAGAGAAGCCUUUCGCCUGCUCCUUAUGUGAGAAAAGAUUUUAUUUUCAGUCUCAGUUGACAAGACACAUGGGUACACAUACCGGAGAAAAGCCUUUUGUCUGCACAUGUUGUGGUAAAAGAUUCACCGAGAAGACAAAAGUAAUCAGACACGCAAGAACACACAAUGGAGAAAAGCCUUUUUUCUGCACUUUUUGUGGUAAAAGAUUUGCUGAGAAGGGAAAUUUAAUCCAACACACAAACAUACACAGUGGAAAAAAGCCUUUUGGCUGUUUACUUUGUGGCAAAAAAUUCACACAGAAGGCACAUUUAAACAAACACACAAUAACACAUACUGGAGAGAAGCCUUUCACCUGCUCCUUAUGUGAGAAAAGAUUUUAUUUUCAGUCUCAGUUGACAAGACACAUGCCUACACAUACCGGAGAAAAGCCUUUUGUCUGCACAUGUUGUGGAAAAAGAUUCACCGAGAAGAGAAAAUUAAACAGACACGCAAGAACACACAAUGGAGAAAAGCCUUUUUUUCUGCACCUUUUGUAGUAAAAGAUUCACCUGGAAGGGAGAUUUAGUAUUGCACGCAAGAAGCCACGCUGGGGGAAAGCCUUUGAAUUGCAGUGUUUGACGAGAUGUUCAAAUUCCUCCUACGCAUUUUCAGUGGAAAAAGCUUUUCUUCAAUUUUCUCAUUCAGUUUCCCAUGAGUUUCUUUUGAAAAAGUUGUUGAAAUAUUUUGCAGGUCCAGGUCUUUUUCACCAUCAAAUAUUCUUGAUUAUUUUUUUUUCUUUUUAAUCAAAUUAAUUUGGUUAAGUUUAGGUUAGGUUACUU